AUUUCCAAGCAAUCACAGCUCCGAUAUCGUUCCUCUUUCCUGUCUUAGUCGGGCGGCAAAAAAUUGCAUUGACAAUUUUAUGUGAAAGGAGAUCCCCCUCGAAGUUUUUUUACAGUUUUCUCUCAUCACCAUUUCAAGGAAAACACUGCUAAAUAUGGAUUCAAUGGAACUUGAGGAAAGCGGGUACAUAAAUAAGGCCUUUACGAUGCAAGUCACUAAAGUGGCUCUUGAACAAAGAAAGAAGCCCUCCAGAUGUGUCACCGUGUGUCUUGGUUUGCUAUGCGCUGUCUCGCUGGCCGCUAACGUUGGACAAUUCGUCUACUACGAGCUAAUUCCUGAUUUUUCAACGGGGAAUUCUGCUAAUUCCGAACAAGUCACUCAAGACCUCCAGCUCAGCGACUGCAUCUUUCCCACAGACCACAUAGAGAGAAACCAGCUAGAGGUCGUGUUGAAUAACAUGACCAGGAACAAAGACGAGUUACAGGCCAGUUACGAAUCCCUUGUUAAGGACAGAGACCAGUUGCAGAAGAGCUACAAUUCUCUGGUGACAGACAGAGAUAGACUCCUCAGCUUGGAAAUAGCUUGGACUGAGUUGAGGACCGAGAGAGACCAGUUGCAACGCAGUCACACUUCAUUGAGAACCGAGAUGGACCAGUUACAGGGCAGGUACGAGGCCCUCGUUGGAGACAAAGACCAGUUACAGACUCGUUACGAUUCCCUUCUUAAAGAGCAUGCACGCCUUCAAACCAGUAAAACCACGGUGGCUGCUGAAAGGGAUGAGUUCAAGUCCCGCCUACAGAGUCUGAACAAUGAGAGAGACCGGUUGCAACGCAAUCACUCUUCAUCGAGAAGCGAGAAGGACCAGUUACAGGGAGGUACGAGGCCCUCGUCGGAGAAAAAAAACCAGCUACAGACUCGUUACGAUUCCCUUCUUAAAGAGCAUGCACGCCUUCAAACCAGUAAAACCACGGUGGCUGCUGAAAGGGAUGAGUUCAAGUCCCGCCUACAGAGUCUGAACAAUGAGAGAGAGACCAGUUGCAACGCAAUCACUCUUCAUCGAGAAGCGAGAAGGACCAGUUACAGGGCAGGUACGAGGCCCUCGUCGGAGAAAAAAAACAACUACAGACUCGUUACGAUUCCCUUCUAAAGAGCAUGCACGCCUUCAA